CCAGAUAAAACGUAACAAGGCACCUUCUCUUCCUGGGCUUGGGGAACCAUGGGACAAUUCGGUUGGACAAAAUAAAUAGGACCACGCUUGUGUCAAUAUUCCUGGACAAAGAACUUGUAAAUAUGUUUAAGUAACAGAAAACCAAGAGGAUUAGCAAACAAAUAUUAUUCGGACGACAACCAUUGCUCAACAAUGAUUUUUUACUUGCUGCAAGCUAUCUCCGUCUAUUGCAUACUUAUGAUCACGAUAUGGACAACAGCCAACGUGCUCGUGGGCAAGGCGAUACGUUCCUGGCCGGCCAUACUUAAGGCUCCUCCUGCUCCAGACUACCUUGUCGCCGUUGAUGAAAACCUAGUAGAGUAUAACUAGAGGACCAUCCCGAUUCGGCGAGGGAGAGGCAGAAAUAACUGACAUUAUACAUCGAUCUGCUACUCAACUACGAUCUUCUCGGCCGAAUCAUGCAAGCACAAUCAAUUCCAUCACCGGGCCAUAAUGUGUGUCAUAUUCUUUAACAACCUUCUUACUAGCAUCCUCUUUCGUAAUAUUUCAUCAUCAAAGACAAUUGACCGUCAGAGACAAUCUAAAUAAUAUUUUGUCAGUAAAAUUAUUUGAUUUUAUGAACUCUAAAAUAUAAAUGAUGGCACAUAUAGCACCGAAGUCUGCUAUCACAUAGUAAGGAACACUCACAGUCGCAAUUGAUAUGUAACAAGACCGAACCAUCAGAUUAGAUCAAGAGAACAAACCAUCAUAUCAACUAACUCGAAGGUUGCCAGAAGACUAUGAGCGGCAGGCCCCGCGGGCCUUCAGGGUCAACGUCUGGGAGGGGAGAAGACGAUGGCAUAACCAUCCUGCCCAUCAUUGGCGGGCUAGUGUUAGGGGCCGGCCUUCUAGCAUUCGCCUAUUAUCAUUUAUCGCAAAAACCUGAAUGCAAAAAGAAGAUAGAGAAAGCGAAGAGAAUUAUUAGCCCAAAAAUUCUUCCGAGUAGACGAAAGUGGCCGAUAGAGGAGGAUGAAUGUGAAGCAGAAAUUAAACAACGCCGAAAAGAGAAGGAGGAAUUGAACAGACUGGAACUGGAGAGAGCCGAGGCAGAGUUGGAACAAGCGAGGCUGAACCAAAAUGCAAAGCCUAGAUGCCCUUGUACAACCCAGACAUAAAGAAGUAUCUGCCGCUCAUUGCCGGGGUGACAGUGGGCCUGGGCGUGCUGUCACUACUCUCCAUAGGAUGCAAAUCCUCCCCCCCGUCUACCAUCACUGCACUACCAAUGUCUAGUAGACCAAUCCCUUAUGGUGAAGAGUAUAGUACUCAUACAGCUGUAACCAUUGAAGAUUCAGAAAUAGAGGAUUGCGAGGAAUGCCUCAAAAUUGACCCUCGGAAGAGACGAUGGCCCACCCUCGAGGAAGAACAAGAAGAGUACAAGAGAAUUAGAGAAAGAGAUGAACAAAAACGAAAGGUUGAACUAUUAGUACAAGAGUGCAUUGAUAAAUAUCAAAAGUCUCUCGAUUGUGAUAAGACAGAAUAUGAUGAAAAUGCCAGUGGUCCUUUGUAAAGAGUGAAAUUAUUUGAUAUAGUUAUACGUCGAUUUUUUUAAUGAAUAAAUGAAACAAAAACGAAUAAUACA